AGCAACAUGGAAUAUUUUAUAUAUUUUUACCGAACGGCAGGAAAGUAUAUGUAGAGAAAGUCGAGGAGAAAGUACAUUUUCAUUGAGCGGUUUCAUCUCCUUGUCAAACUAAAAUGCCGUCUUACACUUGCAUUUCGUGUCGUGUAGCAUUUGCAGACGGCGAUGUGCAACGGGCACAUUACAAAAGCGACUGGCAUCGCUAUAAUCUUAAACGCAAAGUCGCUGAGAUGCCGCCAGUCACGGCCGAAGCUUUUCGCGAGAAGGUACUAGCACAGAAAGCCGAAAGCAACGAGCAGUCAGAGGAGAAGAAUUCUAAACAUUGUGAUGUCUGUAAUAAGUUUUUCUCCUCGGAGAACGCCUUCUCUAACCAUUUACACUCAAAGAAACACAAAGAACAAGAAACGAAACAUAAAAAUGACGCCAGCAAGCCAGCCAAUGAGGUCGAAAUACGGAACAAAAGAAACGCAAAUCUAUCAAAUUCAGAACCAGAAGAUGCCGAAUCCGACGAGGAAUACGAAGAAGCCGACGACGAAAGCCUUGAAACGACUCAGUGUCUGUUUUGUCCACAUUUCAGCACGACAUUUGAGGAUAAUAUGCGUCACAUGACCAAAUCCCAUAGCUUCUAUAUACCAGACCUGCAGUAUGUGACAGAUUUGGAAGCUCUGAUUGGCUAUCUCGGAGAGAAAGUUGGUCUCGGCAAAGUAUGUUUGUAUUGCAACAGCAAGGGGAAAGAAUUUCAUUCGAUCGAAGCGGUACAAAAGCACAUGACCGACAAAGGACACUGCAAGAUAUUUUAUGAGGGUGACGAUAUUUUGGAGUUCUCAGAUUUCUAUGAUUUCACCAGUAGCUAUCCAGACACCGAACCUGGUGAUGAUAAUGAACCAUCGGAAACCGAAGUUCGUUUACAUGAAAAUGCAUUGUCUGUGUCAGAAAGCACAGGUGAACUAUGCCUGCCAUCCGGUGGUAAAGUAGGGCAUAGGUCGUUAAGGCGGUACUAUAAGCAGCAAUUGCGGCCAGAACAGGUCAAGCAAAACCAGAUAGUGGUCCGAGGGUUGAUGUCCGAUUACAAGUUGCUUGGCUGGAGUGGAAAUAUUGGUGAGGCGAAUCGCCUCAAGAUUCAGCAUUUAAAUAUGAAGAACAAAAGACAAAAGAGACGUGAGCUAAAACUUAAUGUGAAAGGAAAUAAACUUCAACCACAUUUCAGACCGCAGGUUGUAUUCUAAGUGGAUGUCACAUUUAAAGGUGAUAAAUUAUGAACAUCAUUUUACAAUGCUAAGUAAGAACUUUUAAAAGUCAAAUAUCAUAGGGUGAUAUGUUUUCACAGUUUCUCAUUUGUGAAAUGAUGUGUAUGGAUUGAAUAUAUUAGUAUUGUAUCAACCAUGGGUCUGAAUUAACCAUUUUUUCCACAGAUAGAUUUACGGGGGGGGUCUCAAUUUUGCAAUUUGGAAAAGCAAUAUCCUGUCACCCUUACCCACCAAGAGAAGCAUCUCACUUGUUCUACAGAAUGCUGCUCUUUGUGGCUCCUAAUUAUAAUGCGCAUUGGUCGCACCCCAAACCAUGACCAAGGGACCAGGUUAUUCCUACAGACCAACCCACCCACCAGAUCUGGCCGACCCCAUCCCAUCCCUGAUUUUUGCUGUUGUUACUGUAUGUAGCUAACCCAUUGAGCACGAGCACUCUUCCAUCAAUUAAUGACUCUGGCAUUAAGACAGAGUUACAUUGUCAUAUUUAACAAUUAGUCGCCGAAGGCGAGGUGAUUACAAGCCUAUAUUCACUGAGCCGAAGGCGAAGUGAAUAUAGGCUUGUAAUCACCGAGCCUGAGGUGACUAAUUGUUUUAGUAUAAAUUUCCAGGUGUUUACAAACAAUAAUCCAC